GACAGUGUCCUAUAUCCACGUGUGUCCUUAUCAGAUAUAAAACCACGGUUUGCAAUUCUCUCUUCCAUUUAUUCCGUACAACGCAAAAUGAAAGGGUUAAUCAUUUGCUUAGGUAUUGCUUGUUCACUGAGUGUAGCGUGGGCCGCCACUCAUUGCAUGACUAACGCAGAGUGCGGUAGUGACGAGUGUUGUUUCAAACACGAUGGUCCUUUUUUGGUCAGUAAAAGGAAACGUGUCUCUGGAGAUCUCCUUGGUGGUGCCAUUCAUUCCUCUUCAGGUGUAUGUGAGAAAUUCAAGGUAGAGGGAGAUUACUGCUCCUGGUUAGAGACCGCUAACGGUCACUGUGGAUGUCAGCCCGGACUUCAGUGCCGAUUCGUACAGGAUUCCUCGAAAGUCUUCGAACCCCUCUUAUUAUCCAAACGUGGUGGUGCACCCGGAAAUAUCCAGUGUGCCCAGCCACUUACAUCCACCACACCGAUCAUCUUGCCAUGAAGGAAGCAUGCACUAUGAUAAAUAAACCUUAUAAUAUUGUAUGAAUAAAACCGAGUGUUCUGUAGGAAUCUGUCUGUUCAUGUAAAAA